GUAAAAUCAAGGAACUCUUCGCUCCUGGUGUGAUUGAUGGACAUACAUUGCUGGUGCUGGUGAAUGUAAUCUACUUCAAGGCAUCCUGGGAACACAAGUUUGAGGAACAAAAAACAGUAGAGAAAGAUUUUAAACUGAAUCAGAACAAAAGAAAACCUGUGCAGAUGAUGUAUCAGAAAGGCAAAUUUAAACUAGGCUACAUUGAGGAGGUGGGUGCCCAGAUCCUUGAACUGCCUUAUGCUCAGAAGUCACUGAGCAUGGUCAUCCUGCUGCCAGGUGACACAGCUGAUGGAUCUGUCAGUGGGCUGGAGCAGAUUGAAAGCACAGUGACCUCUGAAAAUUUGAUGCUGUGGGCCUCUUCAGAGCAGAUGUUUGAGUCAACAGUGGAGGUCUACCUUCCUCGAUUCAAGCUUGAAGACACAUUUAACCUCAAUGAGGUAUUACAAGAGAUGGGAAUGACUGACAUCUUCACUGAAUCAAAAGUUGACCUCUCUGCAAUGUCAUUUGCAAAAUCUCUGGUGCUGUCAAAUGUUGUCCAUAAGACAUAUAUGGAAGUCAAUGAGGAAGGCACUGAAGCAGCAGCUGGUACAGGAGCUAGCAUUGUGAGGAGGUCUAUGCCUCUCACAGAGGUGUUUAUGGCUGAUCAUCCGUUCUUAUUCUUUAUUAGACACAAUCCCACUAGUACUAUUAUUUUCUUUGGCAAACUCUGUUCACCUUAA